AAUCUCCAAAGGUCGGUGGGAGGCGAAAAACCAUGGCUUGCCCAAGGACGCGGAGAUGAGGUCUUCAAUACUAUGCCCCCUUCCGGUUCCGGGAGAAAAUAAAAGGCCCGGGGAGUCCGGUACGGACGAGCCCCAAAGGAAGAUUAAGCGGACAAAAAGGGCCGCCCGCAAACUAAAAAGCCAAAUCGUCUUGUCCUCCGAGGAGGAGGACGACAAAGAGGAUGACGAUGAGGAGCAGCCGGAGCUCGUCCGCCAUCGAUCCAUUCGACCGGACCCCGAGCCGGUGGUCGAUCCAGCUGAGGCUCCUCCCGAGGACGUGAGGGUUGAGGAUGCUAGUGAACCCUCGGCCCCUGCGCGGGCGUCCCCGGGUACCGAUCACCCGGUUACGUCCCCCCCGUCUUCCUCGACUUGGGGGCAGCUGCCGGACGACAUCCCGAUGAUGGGAGGUAGCUUCGAGACCUUUUUUGAUGGGGUACCCUCCGCCAACACUUUCGGGCUCGAAACCCCCCGGAAAGACCCUCAGGCCGAAUUAAGUGGGACUUCGGCCGUCGACAAGCUUGUCGAUAGGUUUCCAGCUCCGAGCCUGGACCCGGACUGUAACAGGAUAGUAACUUUUGCUAUCCCCAAAGACGUCCGGGCUCUGGGGCCCCCGGUCGGGGUUGCAAGCUAUCUUCAUCACCUGAUGACGGAGGAAGACCGGGCUGCAACCGAGGCU